CCACAGCUGCCGGGAUCUAAAACCCAGGCUCCAGCGCGCGGGCGCGCGGGAAGAGGGAAAGAAAUCAGGGCGGUGGUGAUGGAGAGGGGGAAGGUGAAGAAAAAGGGGAAGGAGCCGGAGAAGGAGAAAAUUCGGGAAAAAGGAAAGGAGGAGAAAGAGAAAAAGGAAGUGGAGAAGGAGAAAAUUAAGGGAAAGGAGAAGGGGAAAGGGAAGGAGGAGAAGAAAGAGCGGGAGACCGAGAAAGAGAAGGAACAACUUAAGGGAAAAGAAGACAAAGAAAAGAAGGAGAACCACGCCUUGGCUAAGCCCCCGCUGGAGCCUCCGGAGAAAAAUAAGCAGAUCCUUGUCUUGGGCCUGGACGGAGCAGGAAAGGCCAGUGUUCUCCAUUCUCUAGCUUUAAACAAAGUCCAGCACAGUGUGGCACCCACCCAAGGUUUCAAUGCAGUAUGCAUCAACACUGAAGGUAGCCAAAUGGAAUUCCUGGAGAUUGGCGGCAGUGAACCUUUCCGUUCCUAUUGGGAAAUGUACCUGUCCAAAGGAUUGCUGCUGAUCUUUGUAGUAGAUUCAGCAGAUCACAACAGAUUACCUGAAGCCAAGAAACACCUUCACCAAUUAAUUGGAACAAACCCAAUCCUUCCUCUGGUUGUGUUUGCAAACAAACAGGUAAAAGUCUGUGCAAAUUUAAGUGGCAUUCAAUAG